CACCAUGGUUAACUCCUGUUGUGGAUCCGUCUGCUCUGACCAGGGCUGUGGCCAAGGCUGCUGCCAGGAGACCUGCUGCCGCCCCAGCUGCUGCCAGACCACCUGCUGCCACCCCAGCUGCUGUGGCUCCAGCUGCUGCCGCCCCUCUUGCUGUGGCUCUAGCUGCUGCCGUCCCUGCUGUGGCUCCAGCUGCUGCAGGCCUACCUGUUGCAUCUCUAGCUGUUGCCGCCCCACCUGCUGCCAGACCACCUGCUGCAGGACCACCUGCUGCCGCCCCAGCUGCUGUGGCUCCUGCUGUGGUUCUUGUUGCUGCCGCCCCAGCUGCUGUGUGUCCAGCUGCUGCCGCCCCAGCUGCUGCACUUCUAGUUGCUGCCGCCCCUCCUGCUGUGGUUCCAGCUGUUGCAGGCCCAGCUGCUGUGUGUCCAAUUGCUGCCGUCCAGUCUGCUGCCAGACCACCUGCUGCCAGACAACCUGCUGUCGCCCUGUCUGUUGUGGAUCCUCCUCUUGUUGUUGA